AUGGCGAUCUAUCACCUCAAGGUCACGACCGGAUCCAAGCUCAAGGGGGCGAGCGGGACCAUUCGUUGUGACUACAUCACGCGCCAGGGAGCGUACGCUGAUCGAGAGGAGGAGCUUGUCCUCGUCGAGUCGGGGAAUCUUCCUUCCUGGGCGAGCGACGAGCGCCACUUCUGGGAGGCCGCGGACACCUACGAGCGCAAGAAUGGGCGGGUGUAUAAUGAGGUGGAGGUGGCGCUCCCGCGCGAGCUCGCGCGGGGGCAGCAGGUCGAGCUCGCGCGGGAGUUUGUCUCGGAUCUCAUGACGCCGAGCAGACUCCCCUACACCAUGGCGAUCCAUGACAGCGACGGGCACAAUCCGCACAUGCACGUGAUCUACUCGGAGCGCGGAGAUGAUGGGGUGGCGCGGGAGAUGGAGCAGCACUUUCGGCGCGCGAACAGGGCGAGGCCAUGGAAGGGCGGGGCGCCAAAGGACACCUCGAUGCGAGGCUCGGAGUGGGUCAAGCAGGUGCGCAAGGACUGGGAGAUCGCCGCGAACGUGGCGCUCGAGCGCGCGGGGGAAACCGAGCGCGUGGACUGUCGCUCUUACAAGGAGCGUGGGAUCGCGCGCACGCCGCAGCUCCAUCUCGGGGUGGCCGCGGCGGCGAUGCUCAGGCGCGGUGUCGAGGUGGACAGGGUAGCGUCCUAUGUGAGGAUCGAGAAGAUCCGGCAGCUCGAGCGGGAGAUCGAGCUGGAACUCGAGCGGUCGCGGGCGUCCGGUCGCGAAGAGGUAGACAAGGCAGGAGUCGAUGCUGACCAGGGCGGUGAGGCGUCGCCGUUUUGCCUCUCAUCGAUCACGAAAACAGGCGAGUGCGAGCCGGUCAGUGAGCCUGAAGGAGAGGCGCGAGACCGCUCGAACUCGCUGCCGAGGCUUCCUACGGAGCGUCCUGCUGGCCAGCGAAAGGGAGGGGCAGAGAGGCUGUCUUCUCACGAAUUUCCAUCCGAGCAUCAUCGAGAUCUUACGGGCGAGCCACCCCCGAUCCUGUCACAGGGAGUGGGAGGAGGAGGUGCUCCAGGGUCGUCUCCUGGUGGCCUGGAUGGAGCGUCAGAUCGCCGGGAGCUGGCGCUCUCUGUGAUGAAGUCUGCGCUCGAUCGUUCGCCAAAAGAUGCGACCUGGAAGGAGUUCGCGGACAGCUUGAAGAAGGCGUCAGUCACGCUCGUUCCGGAGGGGACGCAGGGAGAUUAUGGUAGGAUCUGCGGCCUUUAUCUCGAGUAUGAAGGGGUGAGGUUGCCUGCCUCAGAGGUCGAUCGCAGUGCUUCGUAUGAUCAGCUAACGCGCGUGUUGGGGACGCUCGAGCGGAGUCAUCUGGGUGAUGUCUGCCGCGUCGUGGCGAUUCCCGGGCUCGGUGAUGUGCACGUCCUCAUCGCGAAACGGCGCGCCGCGCUCGCUCCUGAGAAGACGGGUCCAGAGCUCGAGCUGCCGGGGUUUGUGGAUCGCGAUUACAAGGGGGCGAGGGAGAAGUUUGAAGAGAAACUCGCCGCGUCGAGGGCCCGGUCCGUCGAGGAGCGCAGGGAGGUGAAGGCGCCAGAAGAGCUGAACCGACCAGGCUUUAUCGACCGCGUGUACAGAGGCCCGAAGGAGAAGUUUCUCGAUGAGCUCGCGAGGUAUGAGGCGGGAGAGAGGCGCGCGCGGCGAGGGCCUGACCCGGAGCUCGAGGUGCGCAUGGCGUCAGCCCGGGCGGAAGAGAGGCGCGCCGUGAUGAGAGAGGGGGGCGGUGAGCGCGAGCGUGAUGGGUCCAGGGACGAUGGUUUAAGGCGUCCCGGGUUCAAGGACUUCACGCCGGUAGGCGCCAAUGAGAAGCUCUUGCGCGAGGUCAAGGAGCGCCUCGGUGAGGAUGCUUACCAGCGCGCGUUGGAUGCGCGAAGGGCCCUCGGGUCUAGCGAGGGCGGCAAGCUUGAGGACGCCAUCGGCGAGGUCGAGCGGGUCGUCUCGGCGAGCAAGCGGACGGCGGAUGAGGAGCUCAUCGCGAGGCUCGGCGGUAAGGAUUUUCUGGCCGGGCGGUGGCAAACGUCACCGGGUGAUGGUGGCAAGCAAGACGAGCCCAUCAAGGGCGCGGACCAUGCGCUCGCUCGAAAGAAGCUUGAAAGCGAGCCCGCAAAGCUCACCGAGGAGCCCGCGUCGAUGCAAGUCAAGGAGGUGUUUGUCGCGCGCGAAAAGGGCGAGGUCGCCCUCGUCGCCGACGACAAACACCACGCUGUCGUGCCCACCGCAGGACUCGGGACAAAGCUCUCGAGGGGAGAGGCUGUCGAGGUCUCGGCGUCUUCUGAUGGCGUCAUCAAGGUCGCGCGCGCGCCUGAGAAGGCGCGCGCGGAGACCCCAACACGCAUGGAGGAACAGGGACAGGAUAUAAGAGCUCCCGAGCCAUCGACGAGGCACGCGCCCAUCAUUUACACCGAGGGGAGAGGGAACAAGCUCGAGGUCGGCAAGCACGUCGCGCUCUCCCCUGACGGCAAGGGCGACGUCAGGAUCGAGCCCGCCAGAGCCGUCGAGAAGCGCGUCGCCGAGCAGAACAAACCAACACCUGCGCCAUCAAAUCCCUCCACGACAUCGGAGGAGCGCGAGGCUCCCGGCACCCAAACACCGGGCACCUCCUACCACGACAACGAUGCCUUGAGCCGGGCACAAGUGAUCGCGAAGGCGAAGGCAACAGGGACAGUGUUGCUCCACCCAGACAAGGAGCCGAUGGUGGGAAGGGUGGUCGAGAAGUUCGUGGUUCGCGGCAAGGGGGAGGCCGCCCUGGUGGUCAAUGAUAAGAACCACGUCAUCAUUUACACCAAAGGAAGAGAGGACCAGCUCGAGGUCGGUAAAUACGUGGCGCUCUCCCCCGAUGGCAAGGGCAGUUCAAACGUCGAAUCCGUCAAGGCCGUCGAAAAAGGCGGCGCCGAGAAGAGCAAGUCUGCGCCCACGCCGUUGUCCGAGCGCGCGCAGCCAGAGCGAGGCGUGGAAAGAAAGCAAGACUGCAGGGCUGUACUCGCGCGCGUCGAGGCCGGUGCGAAGCAGAAGGCGCCAGCGCUUUCUGCCAUCGAUCGCGCCAGGCCGGGUAAGGACGGCGAACCCCCAGCCAUGGAGCAGCGUCCCACCAUGAAGGAGUGGUUGAAGGCGCAGCAGGACAGUGGUGUCGACGCCAAAGCGCCUAUCAAGCACGGGGUGAUCGAGGGUAAAGUCGACCGCGAUCCUGUCUACCUCAAGGAAGGAAAGCACUACGUCAUUUCCCAGGAUGAUGGCAGUAAGAAGACGCUCGAAUCCUCGCCAAAGCUCGAGGAACUUCGUGACAAGAAAAUGUGUUUUGUUCGCAACGAGAUCGGAGAGAUCGCUAAGAAUCUCGAGGUUUCGAAAGGCAGAUCUCGCUAG